UGAACCCAAACAAAACAACUUGCACCACAGAAAUCUGCUGACCAUGUCGUUUGCGCCAAGCUUUGAACACCUGCAGAGGCUGCGGGUUUUGCCCGUGGCUCCGCAUGUGCUGCACGUGGAGCUCCACCGGCCGGAGAAGAUGAACGCCUUGGACUUGGUCUUUUGGGAGGAGAUCAAACUUUGCUUCGAGAUGAUUAAGCAAGAUGUUGACACCCGAGCAGUCCUUUUGUCAGGUGCUGGCCACCUCUUUUGUUCCGGUUUGGAUCUGAAAACUGCGCUGAGCAUCUUCAGCAGCGAUGCGGCACAAGACGUUGCAAGGCGGGCUCUAAAGAUCCGGAACUUUGGCAAGAUGUGGCAGGACGCUUUCACAUCGAUUGAGAUGUGUGGCAAACCAGUGAUUGCCUGCCUACACGGCGCUGUGCUUGGAGCAGGGCUUGAGCUGGUUGCGGCGUGUGACAUUCGCUUUUGCACCUCGGAUGCCUCCUUCAAACUGGCAGAGGUGGAUAUCGGUCUGGCCUCUGAUGUUGGUGGGUUGCAAAGACUACCCAAGAUCAUUGGCAACCAGAGCUUGGUCCGGGAGCUAGCGCUGUCUGGUCGGCAGAUGCUGGGAUCCGAGGCCUUUCAGCAUGGCUUGGUGAGCCGAAUCUUCGACACUAAGGAGGCCAUGAUGUCCGAGGGGCUGGCGCUGUGCCAGAGCAUUGCGUCCAAGAGUCCGAUUGCGACUCUUGGGAUCAAAGAGUUCUUGAACUACACGAGGGAUAACUCGGUGAAGGAUAGCUUGGAAUAUGCCAUUACUUGGAACAUGAGCAUGCUACAAGGGAGUGAUUUGGCCAUUGCAACUGCGUCAAUGGUACAAAAGUCUUUGCCUGAGUAUGAGAACUUGCCUGGAGCGAAGCAGUCUAAGCUUUAGCACCAGGCCUUCAUCUUUGCACUGUUUCACCUCUUCUCGAGGAGCAUUCAGUGGCAGGGAAAAAGAACCAAAGCGCUACAGACAUUGCGAUGUUCUGCAGCUUAUUGAUGAUGCAUGCCAAGUCUUGAGGCUAAGCAGUGACCGUGCCCAGAAGCUUCUACCUCAAAAGUCCUGAUGCGCAAGAUCAAGAAGGAGGAAAGCCAACGGCGGGACAACCAAUAGGCGCGAGCGACCUCCGGCCACGACGUGACCUGGGACCGCCGAUCCGAUGGGUGCUCGCGCGGGGCUUCUCACGGUGGAAGAGCGCUCUAUGUUCCAUUUCGGUGGCUGGAGAAUGGAGCAACCUACUGCGGUCAUGGUCUGGUUUCAGGAGGUGUUUGCGUGCGAAAACCUUGGACAAGUUUCAGGCCGAGCCUCAUCCAAUGGGAUUUGGGCCGCAACAAGCUGACUGAGCUGGAUCAAAUCUCAGAGUGCCGGUGUCCAGUGUGAGACAGUGUGAGCGCAGACGGUGUGCGCCGUCGCGUUUUGCGUUGGACGAGGAAGGGAUGCUGACACGUUAGAGCGGAACCUGGAACACUUCAAGUCAAUCUCCCAGACAUAGUCCUAAGUCCUAGAUGAUUGUAAAGUAAAGUCAAGAUGUUCUAGACAUGCAGAGGCAUGACACGUGACACGGCUUGAAGCGUGACAUGCUGACAUUCUGAAAGGGCACGUCUCUCCAUUUGACUUGACCUGAAACGAGGAUGUUUGGAAACCCUUUGACAAAUCAUUUACCAUCCAACAGGUGGGUGGUGCUUGAAGACUGACAUGUCUGUCUCUUAACCACAUAUCGUAGCAUCUGAGAUUCCGUCGGACUGGCGUUGUAUGACUCCCGAUCAGUUGGGGCUCUGUAUGUGUCCAAUUUCACCAGUAUUCCAGUCCCAUGGACUUGUAGGGGAAGUAUAUACAUACAAGUAUGUCCCGUGAAGCAUUUGGGUAAGUGCUUCUUCC